UUGGGCGCGGUCUCGUUGGCGUCGGCGGGUCUCCUUCCAGCCAUGCUGCCCUACCAUGAUACGGUUGGGAUCCCUCUGGCAGAAAGUCUCAAGAAAUCGGAGGAAGCCCGAGACUUUGAUGGAUCUAGAAUUGUGAAUGGAAAUCUUGCUCGUUUGGGUGCUCACCCGUACAUGGUCGGUUUAGUCAUAGAAAUACGGGGCAGUGCUAAUUCAGUAUGCGGUUCAUCUAUGCUCAGUAACACUAGGUCUCUCACAGCUGCUCACUGCUGGUUCGAUGGAGUUAGACAAGCAUUAUCUUUCACAAUGGCCUUUGGAACAAUCACUGUUUUUACUGGAGGUGUUAGAGUGCGCACCACAAACGUACGGAUGCAUGAAAAUUGGGAUCCAAGAAAUUUAAUCAACGACAUAGCCGUAAUUACCCACAAUCGGGUGGGAUAUACCAAUGCUAUUCAGGCAAUCACUUUACCAUCUGGAUCUCUUCUUAACAAUAAUUUCGUUGGGACCUCGGCACAGGUUUCCGGUUACGGAAGAACCGGUGACGGUUCUCAACACAACAUCCGACCAGAUCAAGCGAAGAGAGUGGCAACCGUCCGAGUUAUUACCAACAAUGAAUGUAGAAAUGUUUUUGGAUCUAUGGUCCGGGACACUAUUAUCUGUACAAGCGGAGCUGAAGGUCGUAAUAUCUGCGGCAGCGACUCUGGCGGACCUUUAUCCAUUGUCAACAAUAAUCGGAGAGUGUUGUACUUAACGGCAGGCGGUGGCUUGGCUCUGCUCCUGGUAUUGUUGACGUUUUUGGGCGCGGUCUCGUUGGCGUCGGCGGGUCUCCUUCUCCAGCCCAUGCGCUGCCCCUACAUUAGAUACGGUUGGGUCCCUCUGGCAGAAAAGUCCUCUAAGAAAUCGGAGGAAGCCGAGGACUUUGAUGGAUCCUAG